AUGGAUAGCGCAAGGACCGCCACAUCCCAAGGGGAUGAUUGUUCAUCUUCUAGGACGACACGAUCUCGGUCUGGCGUUACUUGCGUAAAUGCGUCAGAGAAGACGCCUGGCGACGUCGCAUCACGGAGGAAAGCUUGUAAUCAAUGCAAACAGCAGAAGCUUCGCUGUGAAUAUGUGUCUCACGAAUCACGCGAUCAGAUGCAAAUCAGAUGCCGUCGCUGUCACAGGCUAGAUCUCGAAUGCAAGAUCGAAGAGGGAUUCAGAAGAACCAGAAAGAGACGGCGGUCCGCUGACUUUGAAGAUGAAAUUCAUGAACUGAAAAGGCAGCUCAACGAAGCCCAGACACGGUCUUUAGCUAUCUCUCACGCGUCCUCUGGCGAGGAAGCUGUAGCAGAAUGGACGAUGGCAACAGAGAUGAACAGACGGCACCUCGAUCCCAGUCCGAACAACACCAUCAUAGCUUACCAAGAUGACUCUGCGUUGCCAGUUGCACCACUUUCAGGAAGCAUCGAUGCGAUUGAAUCCCCGGAAGGAGACACAAUCACCACAGAACAGUCACGGGCCCCAGGGUUGACAACGAGACCCGAGAUUGACCAACAGACACCGCGCCGGCUACCUCGAGGGUCUUUCAAUAUGCCUCGUCCACGGGCCUUGGACAAUGCCGUACUCUCUGUGGAAGAGAUUGAAGACCUAUUCCAAAUUUUCAAGACAUAUUAUCAUCCUUUUCUACCCCUGAUAGAUACAACGAGAACGCCACAUGAAUAUUACGAACUCUCUGGACUCCUUUUCUGGGUAAUUAUAUCCAUCGCUGCCAGACGACUCAAGUCACAGCCAACACUGCUGCCGAAGCUGGCUCGUAACGUGACCGACCUGCUCUGGAGAACUGUGCGAACUACACCAUAUUCUGUGCAUGUCGUUCAGGCUAUUGCGUUGCUAUGCACAUGGCCAUUCCCGACAAGCAGCAGUACAUCAGAUCCGACAUUCAUGUUGACGGGCUUGAUGAUUCAGAUGGGCGUACAGAUGGGUCUCAACCGUCCUGUUGACGCACAGGACUUCUCUAAAGCGCCCUUGGAAUUGACUGAUACGGAGCUUGCUGAAUGGACAAGGACGUGGGAAGCAUGUAUGAUCGUCUCUCAAAGUGCGACUAUUGGGUGUGGCUUGCAAACACCCUUACAGCAGUACGGCUCAGGCAUAUCGCAAGACGAUAGGGUACGCAACGAUAUAGAAAGCGCUGUCGACAACGCCAAGUUCAAAUACAACCUCAUGAUUGAGAUAUUUCGAAGUCGAGUCACCAUGGCUCUGAUGGACCAACCACGAGAUGCCAGGCAUCAGCCGGCUACUCGAGAACGACUCAUUCUAUAUCGGCUUUUCAACAAAGAGAUCACUGAAAUUGAGGGCAAGAACUUCAACAUCUCAAGUGCGACUGAAGUAAAGACGUGGCAUUCCACGGCGGCGCGGCUUCAUCUGCAUGCAUUCUAUCUUUUCGACCAUGCUUCAUCUGAGGGCUAUGAAGAGCGCAUCUGUGCCCUCUACGUCACAGCGUCUUCUUUGAUCGACUCAAGUCGGAUGCUAGACGAGCGCCAAAUCCAAUUCUUCGACUAUUGCCCUUUUUUCUGUUAUCAGAUCUUCGUAUGUGCAUCCAUGAUUGUCCUCAGGAUUGCAUCGAACGGCCACUUCCGCUCGAUGGUUGAUGCAACCGAGGGAAUGAAGCUUGUUGAAGCAUCCAUCGCAGCUCUGAGGAAGAUGAGCGUGGUUAACAACGAUCUGCCAGCCCGCUUAGGCGAUGUCAUCGGGUUCUUCUGCGCCUUGCCCGAUCCUACCAAAGUCGGUGGCACAACAGUCGAGGAUAUCCAACUGAAGCAGGUUCGGAAUCGGCUGAGCGUUAGUGUCGUGCAUGAUUGUCUCGCAACUUGGCGGAAACACUUUAUGGCGGAGACCGAGGGAUCUGCUCAACGCCAGCGCGUGGAAGGCGGCGGGUUGAUUGCGAGUAGUUUCAGAACACCUGUGGGCGAUUCUCCAUAUCUAGGUGGGCUAUCCAGUAUCGGAGACGCACAAAACAUGUUCGGGCUGGACUUUUCGUUUGAUAACUGGGAUUUCUCGGUCUAA